UCCACUACAGUAAUAACUCGUUUCAUUAAGACACUAUCAAUCAUAUUGUGUGAUACACAGUGAUACGCGGAUCAUUAAUUGUAGGGAAUGGUAUAUUUUUUGUUAGACGAAAAUCACGGGCACAUUAAUCUUUCUCAACAUUUACGCGCGAAAAUCGCGCCGUUCCUCUGUCGCCAUAAAUCAUUACCAUCAAACAGACCUCCUCGCGACAACGUCGCUUUUCAUCGGACGCUUUCAAUCUGGGCCUCCAUUAUUUCAUUACAAUAAGUAAUUCCUUCGCCUACAGUCCUGUCACAUUUCGGUAAACACUACGUGAAAUUGGCAAUAAAUUCCGAUUAAAAACAUUGUUCCGGCGUCGGGAAUGCGCGACAACAAUAGCCAGUGAUAGAGACGUUCCUCGAUAAAGAUGUUCACUUGGAUGUUUUGUUAGGAUUAACAAUACAUUUUAUUUGGCUACGAGCCUACGCUGCCCACACGCCUCAGCUAAUGGCCAGGAUUGUAUGAAAAUGUAAAAACUGAAUGGAUGCGUUUGUAUGGGGCCAAUAAUAAGUUCUCAUGGGGGCUAUUGUUAAGAUUUCUUUUUGCUUAUCGCGGUCUUUGUAUAAUGGGGUAGGUGUCAAUCGCGGGCAGGUGUACGGUUUCUCGGUCCGACGGUCGAGGGAUAAAAAUGCUCAUAAUUUAGUAUUGCAGCUGCCCGACGGUCGGCCGGUCGAUCCGGGCUCGAACUUAUUCCUUUUGUUAUAACGAAUUCCAGAAUUUCAACUCGCAGUCAUCAUUUUUAAUUUGUGCUCGGUUACGCUCGGCGUGGGUUGUAAUUAGAUGGUAUUCUGGCGUAACGCCGAAUUAGCCCAACUUGUGUCUGUUAUGAAUAUACACGGGUAUGAGCUUCAAUAAGAAAUUUGAAUUAAAUAUCGCCCGAGGGCUUUGUGCUGUGGUUUUAUACAUUCAAUUCUGUUUGAUGGUGAAUCAACUGUGUAUGAAGAACAAUAGCCUUAGUGGUAUGCUCUUCAAACUCCUAUGAGAACUGUCACCGUAAUCGUCUUUAUUUGUACACUCAAAUCAGAAGCACAAGGGUUACGUGAGCGAUAAAAGCCCUCUUGACGCACGCUCGUCCAAGUUGGCCUAACUACUAAGGCACAUGACUCCGUAUAUCAAAAGUUUAUAACAUCAAGCCACUGCCUACACUUAGGUCCCAGGUGGCGUAUACAUGAGAUGUUAUGGGCUCACGCGGCAUAGGAAAGUGGCGGUGGUUGGUGGUAGUAGCGGCGUGGGUAUGCGGCGCUACCGCGAGGACCCUGUGUCCACCGCGAUGUGCGUGCGACGACGCCAUGCGAGCUGCGUCCUGCGCCAAUGCAGGCCUCGAAAUAGUCCCCAUACAACUCAACCCAGAAGCAACGCACAUCAAUCUCACCCACAACACCAUUGCAGACCUUCUAUACACCUUCGCCUUCUACACGCAGCUGACAAUCCUCGACAUCUCCUACAACAGAGUACAGGAUUUAGGUAGUAAAAAUUUCGACAACAACAUGGAAAUGACCCACCUCAACGUAAGCCACAAUGCGCUCAAGAAACUAGACAAAGACACCUUCGUAGGUUUGAAGAGAUUACUUGACUUGGAUUUAUCAAAUAAUGAUAUAUCAACCAUACACCCGCAGACAUUUAAGGACCUCGCCGUUUUAGAAAGGCUCGACCUAUCAAACAAUAGAUUAGUGAGUUUCGAGGCCGAAACGUUCGAGCCCCUAUCGUCGCUUAAAAUUUUGUCGCUGAAAAACAACUCCAUUUUAGAAAUUCCAUCGACAAAUCUGUUCUAUGUGAUCCGUUUGGAAUAUUUGGACCUAUCUGAGAAUUUAAUUCAGCAAAUAGAUAAACAUGGAAUUCCAUAUUUGAAAGAGUUGAAGCAUUUAGACUUUAAAAACAAUAUAAUUGAAAGCGUUGAUCAAUUGGGCUUACACAAUUUGCCUUCUUUACGCCAUUUGGAUCUCAGCGAUAACAAUUUGACAUCCAUCCCUACAUCUGCUCUUUCUAAACUAUCAAACUUAUCUCAUUUGUACUUAAGCGGAAACUUCUUUCAUAACAUUUCGUCAUUGUCUUUCCAGAGCCUAUUUCACCUGAAACAUUUACACUUGAGUAGAAUUUAUGACUUAGAGAAGAUAGAUUCUAGGGCUUUUGUAGAUAAUAUUAAUUUGCAAAAAAUAUGGAUGAACGAAAACGUAAAAGUGAGGGAAGUACCAUCAAGACUGUUUCACGGAAACCCGAAGUUAACGCACAUUUACAUUAGAAACAAUGCACUGGAAACACUCGAAGCUUCCCAUUUUCCAAUAGACACGCUUCAAGAACUCGAAAUAUCCGGCAAUCCAUUUGCUUGCAACUGUUCUUUAUUAUGGCUUUGGAAAUUAGGAAGGAACAGUGAAAUACGUGGUAAAAAGUCUGACAAUACAAGUGCCAUACUUAAAAUAGAUUACGAAGAUGUAAAAUGUUCUUCACCGGGACAUUUGAAAGGUGUUUUAUUUGUACAAAUUCCAGAAUCUGAAUUUGGAUGCUCAAAUGGAUGGGUGGUAGUCGCGGUUGUGGUGCUAACUGUAAGUAUAAUUAUAAGUGUGGUCGGGGGGGUAUUGUAUUUCAUGGGUCCGCUAAAACGAUGUAAAGGUGAUAAAUCAAAGCAAGUAAUGACGAGUGUCAUGUUAAAUGGCGAUGUAUCGAAAAUAGGAAACGGCUUAGGUUAUUCCACGCGUAGUAGAGAACAAGAGACAAAGAGAGACGUCGACCGAUAUCUUAUGAUCGGAUCAACGGUCACAAAUAACUUUCAUUCAUUAAAUCCACCGUGGAACAGUGUUGACAAAAGUCCUUAUUAUCAAGAAGAUAGCGAAGAGCAUAUUUAUCAACAGUUUGCGUAUGAAACAAUACCUCACCAUAGGACCCCAGAGAAACCGCACAUAGUGUACGUUUAACAAAAGUUUUAUACAACGGACAAUUUGAAAAACGUAUUUUCAUGGCUUCGUCGCAUUAUGAAGGACAUUUAAAAUAUGAUAGUGUUCGACGGAGUCAAUGAUUUCUGCAAUAAUGUAAAUAGUGAUGUUUAAAAUUGUAAUAUGUGAUAGCUUUGUACAUAGAUAUGUAAAUAUAAAUAAUUUUUACUGAUAAAGACAAUCUCGAUUUUGUAAUAAAAUUAUUUAGUAAUAUUGUAUCCUUGAUCCUCGAAUUAUUUCGCCAAUUAUUGUAAUGAUGCAUUAUAAGUGAAAGAGGUAGAGCAGUAUGAUGGCAAUAACACAAUGGCAAUAAAAAAAAAUAUUUUAAGUAACCACAAUAAUUAAAAUACAUGAUAAAUACACACAAUAAUAAUACGGUCAAGCCCAAGCGUGUGUGCAAACUAUGCAACUCAAUUAAGGCUAAGUUACACAAAGCAAGUUUCCCUAGACUACAAAAUCACCAUGAUGUCAAUAAUUAUAUUUACAAAUACUACAUACAAUAGUUCAGUGUAUUAAAAAUAGAUGUUAAAUUUGUGUAUUUUGUCUGUAAGAACAUGAUCACCCAAACGUAGCGAAUUGGUGUGUUUAUCACAGCUCAAAUUAGCCAAUUAUCCAACUAUUGACAUGGAUGCCUCUUUUUGACUAACAUCACCCUGUUCAUUGUACUCGUAUCUACCUCUCUUCACUUAUAAGAUUAAUAUAGAAGUGUCUGAUUGAAAAUAAAAAUAGGUAAACUGAAUGAAGUGCAGACGUGACUUAAUGUACAGAUAUUAUAUAUCUAGAUCGUUUUGUUUUCUAGUUCCUCUCCCUUAUGAAUCCAUUUGUAAAGAUAUUUAAAAAAGUCAUGUCAUGUAUGUAAUUAUAUGGACGAAUACUCAUGUAUAAUUGCAUAGUUAGGUAUACAUAUAUUUUCAGAAUUAGAACACCAAACUUAAUGAGAACUUUGUACAAAUAAUUAUGAGCAAUAUAGGGUUACUAAUUUCAAAUACUAUAAUAAUAUGUUAAUUUUUAUUAAAGCAUUGUUAUAGCGUAAAUCGUAUUUAGUGAAGAAAGGUAACAGAAUGAAUUAAUCUGUUUUUGAGUACUGCUUAGUAAAACAUAGCCUAUCUACACAGCACACGACACUAGAACAUUUGUUUAUAUUUAGUAAGAGGACACCAUUUACAGUAUUUAUUUUGAAAUUAACAUUGUACUUUAAAUACUACAAAUAUACGAAAAUUAAAGAUUUGAUUGUUUAUACGUGCUAAUCUUUGGAAACUACUGUAAUUUUGAUUAGAGUAUUUUUUCAAUAAAAAUCCAUCAAGUUAUAUUCAUUUUCAUUGUCAACCCAUCUUCGGCUCACUGCUGAGCUCAAAUCUCUCAGAAUCAGAGGGGUUAGGUUAAUAGUCCACCACGCUGGCCCUAUGCGGAUUGGCAGACUUCACAUACGCAAAGAAUUAAGAAAAUUCUCUGGUAUGCUAUUAAGAACUAUUAUUUAUUUAUUUUUACUUUCACGGAAGAUAACCAGGCCAACUAUUAAGUGUAAAUCAGCGUUAAUAUGCAAUUUGUACACGUACAAAAUUUGUAUUUGAAAACAUAAUUUUCCAAGUUAAAUAAAAAAAAGCAAAAUUCAAAUAUUUCUAUUAGGCUAGUUUACAAGCACUUUGAAAACGACAAGUUGUGUCAUGAUAUAAUGGUGGUAGUUAAAGGCGAAAACUUAAAAUUAAAGUUACGAGGUUGCAAACGAGAAGAUAUUAUAUGAUCAGAUAGUCUGCAAUUUUUUCUGAUUUAUUGUAUACUUUGUAUGAAUUUUUUAAAUAACAAAUGUUCUAGUGUGUCCACAAUUUAUCGUAAAUAAUAUACAUAAUAUGAACCAGUUGCUCUGAUGGUGAGGGGUACAAAUGAAAUAAGGACAUUAUUUAUUGGCUAUUUUUGUAGGUUCAUUUCAAGAGACUUUAUUUGAAAUAUUAUGUUGGAAAGAUAUUAAAUUAAUAUUUUUAUACUUAGGGAAUAUUAAUUGUAUGUUCUGUAUGGUUCUCAGUUUCUAGCUAGACGCAAAUUUGCCUAUACGUUACGCGUAAGCGCCUAAGCCAUUAAACAGAAUUAUUUAUAAUGUCUUUCACCAAAGGAAAGCUACAUUAUCAGCGAGAAAUAUAUGCUAUAUUUUAUCCCAGUGUUUCUAAGGAAACGGUUAAUAUAUUUAUCCUAAUGUUUGUACGGGAACGGUUAACAAAUAAUUCAAUAACAAUGCCUAACAUAAUCUAUUCGUAUUAUAGCUAGAAACUUAGGACCAUGCUCGAUAAAAAUAAUAGCUAAAAAUUAACCUUGCAGUAUACUUUUUUCUAUAUAUUAUCUCAUAUACGUUUCAUAAAACUAUGCCUACUUCAUAACCAACAUUAUACCUAUUCAGUCGAUAGUACAGUCAUAGUGAUAGUGUAAGACUAUUUAUACAUACUUACUACUUUUAAACUUUUGUUAUGAAACUUAUUUAAAUAUAUAAUGCAUUGAAACAAACGACAAAUAAACAAUUAAAACAUU